AUGGAAGAACUAGAACUGGAAACGACCCGUCAUCCGCCAAUUCUUCUUAUCACUUAUUCCAUAUUCUAUUCUGCCGUAUUUAUUUUGGGACUUUUUGGCAAUAUAUUUGUUGUGCUUUCCGUUGUUCUUCAUCCACAACUUCGUUCAUCAACUGAUUAUUUAAUUUCAUCAUUGGCAGUCGCUGAUCUAUUAAUUACUUUAUUUUGCCUUCCAACUACUUUGCUCAACAAUUUAUUAACAGGUUAG